AUGUCAACAUUAGAAGACCUCGAUGAUAUCGAGCGUGAUGAGAAGGAGCAAAAGAAGGACGACAACAAUGAGAAGAAGCUUCAGAGCACUAGCGAUGCCAGAGAUGCCGAAAUGAAAGAUGCAGAGGACAAGAAGGAAGAAGAGGAAGAAUACAUCGACACCGAAAUCCUUCAGUCCAGCACCAGAGACAUCAUCAAUCGGCGGCGGUUACUUGAGAAUGAAAUGAAGAUCCUCAAGAGCGAGUUCCAACGAUUGAAGCACGAGGAGACCACGAUGAAAGACAAGAUCAAGGAUAAUCUGGACAAGAUCGAGAACAACCGGCAACUACCCUAUCUAGUUGGCAAUGUUGUCGAACUUCUGGAUCUUGAUGUCGAGGCCGAAGCGGCGGAAGAAGGUGCCAACAUUGAUCUCGACGCCACACGGGUGGGCAAAUCUGCCGUCAUCAAGACGAGCACCCGGCAGACCAUCUUUCUUCCUCUGAUCGGCCUUGUCGACCACAACAAACUCAAGCCCGCCGAUUUGAUUGGUGUCAAUAAAGACUCAUAUCUCGUGUUGGACACCCUCCCUGCAGAAUACGACUCUAGGGUCAAGGCCAUGGAGGUCGAUGAAAAGCCUACAGAGAAGUACACCGACGUUGGUGGACUCGACAAGCAGAUUGAAGAGCUUGUUGAGGCUGUUGUCUGGCCUAUGAAGGAGGCGGAACGCUUCCAAAAGAUUGGUAUCAAGGCACCCAAGGGUGCUCUGAUGUACGGACCUCCCGGUACUGGCAAGACUCUACUUGCCCGUGCUUGCGCCGCUCAAACGAAUGCCACUUUCCUCAAACUCGCCGGUCCUCAACUUGUACAGAUGUUUAUUGGUGAUGGUGCUAAACUCGUCCGAGAUUGCUUCGCCCUCGCUAAGGAGAAGGCCCCGUCGAUCAUCUUCAUUGACGAACUCGAUGCCGUCGGUACCAAGCGAUUCGAUUCGGAAAAGAGUGGUGACAGAGAAGUCCAGCGGACCAUGUUGGAGUUGCUCAAUCAGCUAGAUGGAUUCGCCUCGGACGAGAGAAUCAAGGUUUUGGCGGCUACAAACAGAGUUGAUGUUUUGGAUCCUGCCCUACUACGCUCAGGCCGAUUGGAUCGAAAGAUCGAGUUCCCUUUACCCAACGAAGAGUCUCGGGCCCAGAUUCUCCGAAUCCACUCCAGAAAAAUGACCAUUGACGAAGGAAAUAUCAAUUGGAACGAGCUUGCACGAAGUACGGACGAGUUCGGUGGCGCAAUGCUCAAGGCAGUGUGCGUUGAAGCCGGCAUGAUUGCUCUCCGCAAAGGACAUUCGAAGGUGACUCAUGAGCACUUUGUCGACGCCAUCGCCGAGGUGCAAGCGAAGAAGAAAGACACGGUCAACUUCUACGCUUAA